AUGGUCGGCGCGUCCAAGACCAGAAGAGGGUGUCAGCAAUGUUUGGUGCGGAAGAUCAAGUGUGACGAGGCACGACCUGCCUGUGGAAGCUGUGUCAAGUACAAUACGCGGUGCCCUGGCUACCAACAGCGCGGCCUCAAGUUGUUUGUGGCUGGGAAGCACGCGGUGAAACCACGCGGGAGGCAACAGCAGUUGUCGUCGGUUGUGCAAGUUGGACCACCACACCCGGAUUCCGAUCCCUCUGUACCAGGAACCGAGCAAACAGUAAUCGUGCUGAGUCAUACUGCUGUCGGAGGACGUCGUCGGCAGGAGAGCAGGAAUAAGCCCCGGGCUCCCCAGCCAGUCACGGCGCUCGAAAAGCUACAGGCCGCUGUGGUUCGGAAACACAAGGUCCUGGGCGCGCCGCGGCACAACACGACGCUAUUCGUGGGUGCUUUGGUAGAAUCCAUGUACUGCGCCCUGCCUCGGGACGAAGAAUUUCUGCCAGAUAUCUGGAAUGGCGCUGCUGCUGGAAUGCAUCGAUCGCCGGCUUUAAUGACUGCUCUGUGCGCAAUUGGCAGUCAUCUGCUCUUGUAUUUCGACGACAUGACCACAACUUUGAGCAGAUUUUAA